AAUGUAAAUAAGAAAUCCUCUGGUGAAGAAAAUAACGCAAAACAGGCGUUAGAUUUAAGAGUGUCAAGAACAUUAGCAAAAGAUGGCGCAAAUGAAUAUGCUGAAGAAGGAUUAUCAGAAGAAGAACCUUCAGAAGAAGGAGAAGAAGAAGGAGAGGAAGGAGAAGAAGAAGCUGUAGAAGGAGAAGGAGAAGAAGUUGUAGAAGGAGAAGGAGAAGAAGAAGCUGUAGAAGGAGAAGAAGUCGCUGAAGGAGAAAAAACCGCUGAAGGAGAAGAAACCUCAGAAAAUGAAGAAACCGCUGAAGGAGAAGAAACCGCAGAAGGAGAAAAAACCGCUGAAGGAGAAAAAACCGCUGAAGGAGAAGAAACCGCUGAAGGAGAAGAAACCACACAAGGAGAAAAAAACGCUGAAGGAGAAGAAACCGCAGAAAAUGAAGAAACCGCUGAAGGAGAAGAAACCACAGAAAAUGAACCAGUAAAAACAUUCGUUGAAGUUGUGGAAAAAAAAGAAUUAAAAAAGGUAGAACCAUUGAGCAAAUUACCAUUUAAACCACUUUUCCCAGUUAACGAUAAAUAUAUAGAAGCUUUAGAAGACAUUGCUCAAUCGUUUUUACAAGAAUUAAAACAGGAAUCAAGUAAAAGUAAACAAAAGGAUAUAAAAAAAAGCACCAAGAAAAUUACGAAUAAUCUUGCAAAAGAAUACGCAAAAAAAUUAAAAUCAAAAUAA